AUGGCCUCUGUUAUUCAUAAUAAUCUAAAUACCUAUCAACCAAAUUAUGAUCCUAACUUCCUUUCUGAAGAUGAGGAUGAGUAUUGUCCGUUAUGUAUUGAACCACUGGAUAUCACAGAUAAAAACUUUUUCCCUUGUCCCUGUGGUUACCAGAUUUGUCAAUUCUGUUACAAUAAUAUUAGACAGAAUCCAGAAUUAAAUGGUAGAUGUCCAGCAUGUCGUCGUAAAUAUGAUGAUGAAUCUGUCAGAUAUAAAGUACUUUCCCCAGAAGAAUUGAAGUUAGAGACAGCAAAAUUAGCAAGACGUGAAAAGGAGAGGAAGCAAAGAGAGAAGGAGAAAAAAGAUAUAGAAUAUAAUAAUAGGAAACAUUUGGCUGGCAUGAGAGUCAUCCAGAAAAACCUAGUCUACGUUAUUGGUGUUAAUCCACCUGUUCCAUUUGAAGAAGUCGGAAACACUCUGAAAUCUGAAAAAUAUUUCGGUCAAUAUGGUAAGAUUAAUAAAAUCGUUGUAAAUAAAAAAAAUUCACAUGGUGGCAAUGAUAACUAUCACGGUCAUCAUUCACCAGGAUACGGUGUCUAUAUUACAUUUGCAUCCAAAGAUGAUGCAGCAAAAUGUAUUGCACAAGUAGAUGGAACUUAUAUGGAUGGUAAAUUGAUUAAAGCAGCUUAUGGUACCACCAAAUAUUGUUCCUCCUAUCUACGUGGUCUACCAUGUCCAAAUCCAAAUUGUAUGUUCUUACAUGAACCAGGUGAAGAGGCAGAUUCCUUUAAUAGAAGGGAGUUACAUAAUAAACAACAACAAUCGCAUCCACAAAACACUCUAAAUAACAUGUCUGGCUCAACACCCUCUUCUUCAUCCUCUAAUGCAGCAACCCACAAUGUAUUUAAAUCCACUGCAACAACGAAUGGAACCCAUGCUUCUACUAAUAACAACAAUAAUAGCUCCUUUAGCCCAUCUUCCACAAAUUCCCCAUUAUCCAUUAAGACUCAUUUACAUGGACACGAUGCUGGUAACAGUACAUCAACUUCUACUCCCGUGUUGACACCUGCACCUAUCCCCACCGGCGCAAAUCCAUGGGGUAUUAGCCAAUCUUCUACUCCAAUAACAACUUUAAAUCUUUCUAAAAACACGAGUUCUACUAAUAUACCUACAUUAAGUGAACUAAAUCACGAUACAUUACAUAAUAGCAAUCAUAGUAAUAUUGCUGCAACAUUUGGCUUAUCCAACCUGAAUAAAAGUAUAAAUAAUAACAGUAUGGCCACGGCCAAUGGCAAUAAUGGUUCUACAAAAGAAAGUAAUAAGAAAAAGAAUAAUAAUAAUGCACCUGAAAAGAAAUAUGUUGAUCCAUACGAUUCUUCUAGAACUGCAGUGAACUUCUUAGAUUCAAGAAUUCAAUUUCUAUCAAAUUAUGAAAAUCAUGAAAUUAAGUUAAAAGAAAAUUUACUAGACGACGAAGAAUAUUCCAAAUACCCGUCAUUAUUUUCAUGGAACAACAUCAAAACUAGCGAAAAAUCAGAAUAUAUAUUACGUGAUAAAUUAAUAAGUAUUCUUGCUGCAAAACCAAUUGACUAUUCUGCAUCCGUGAUCCAGUUUUUGCAAAGUGUUGGUGCAAGUGGUGUAGUUCCAAUAACCACUUUACCAAACUCUGUUAGUAACAACCCAAAUACAACUUCUCCAUCCUUCCAAAAUAACGAAAAUCUAUUAAAUGAACAAGGUUCAACCAACAAAAAUGUUCUUCUACAAUUACAACAACAGCAAGGAUUGAAUACUGCCACCCCUCCACCUCCACCAGGUAUCUACCCAAUGAACCAAAUGCAACAAACACAAUCACAAAAAGGACAUGUACAGGAUUCCAAUCAACUUCCACAUAUGCAUGAAACUGGGAUUACCAAUUCCACUGACCUAUUAAAUCAAUUAAUUAAAGGAAGAAAAGUUGCUACUAGCAAUUAA